AUGGUAAACGACGUUUUUUUCCCUUGCUCUUUUCAUGCUACUAUAAGAAGUGCAGAAAAAGAGAUUGAUAGAAAAAACAUUAAGAUUCAAGAAACUACCAAUAAGUUUAACAAAAAGCAAAGAGUGCUGGUAAUGGUAGUGUCAGCAGUCACUGGAAAGCAUACUUUACCAGUAAACUUGACAUGCGAUGUGGAGAGAGCUUCGAAAACGUUGUUUAAGGCGUUUGAGAAAUCAUACGCUAACGACUACUUGAUGAAAAAGUUUUUCCAUGUCCCAAUUACGGAAAAGGUUUCAAGAGCAAGAAUAAAUGCAAUGAUACAUUACUAUACGACAUGCUAUAAUGAUCUGAAUGGGGAAGUUGCUGAAGCAAACGACUUCGAUGCCGUCGCAAUAUGGAGCCGUCCUGGAUGCCACUUGCCUGCCACAUUAUCUGACGAUGAGUCCUUCAAUAAGAUAUUCUUUGACGAUUUGACUGCGAGGAAACAUGAAGUCAUGCCUGAGGGAAUGGAUUAUUACUAUCUUUAUGCCAUUGGGAAAGACCCCAGUCACCCUGAAAUCAGGGGUUCAGUUAGGAAGAUACUUGAGGAAUACAAGCUUAAAGCAGACAAGGCCAAUUGCGCUCUUGCACUCGAGGCUAUUUCGGAACACGCGAAAUCCGUCUACGAAUAUUUUGGUUUUAGGACCUAUUUAGUGUUCCAGUUCGGGGUUGGGGAAGUUAACUGCAUGGGAGAACCAGACCCGCAGGGAGAGGGGUUUACGGCCUACCUGAUGCUUUAUCAUAGAGACGCAAACUCCAUCUUCCACGCCUGA